AUGACAACACCAAGAGUACCAACAACAUUUACAAGAAAAGUAGCAGGUGGAGUUAAAACUACAACAACAGGAUCAUCAUUACCAACAAAUAAUACAUCAACAACAACAACAACAACAACAACAGCAGCAAAGAAAUUACCAAAUGGAUGUAAAAUUUCAAUUAAAAAUUCAAAUUUAUUAACAUCAACAGGUUUAACAGAUUUAGAUGAUAUUAUUGGUGGUGGUAUACCAAUUGGUAGUAUAUUAAUGAUUGAAGAAGAUAUAAAUAGUAGUUAUUAUAUGUUUUUAUUAAAGUAUUUCCUUGCAGAAGGUGUACUUCAACAACAGGGUGUAUUCUUUUCAUCUUUAAUUGGUAUUGAUCCAUUUGAAAUUUUAAAUAAAUUACCUGCAAGAAUUACAAAAGAAGAAGAAAUUGAAGCUGAUAAAAAUGAUACUACAAAUAAUAUAAAUACAAAUAUAAAUACAAAUAACAAUAAUAAACAACCAACAGAUGAAUUAAAAAUUGCAUGGAGAUAUCAACAAUAUGUUUCAAAUGAGUUAUCAAAACAACAACAACAGCAAUCAGCAUCAACAAUAAUGAAUCAAACAUUUUGUCAUAGUUAUGAUUUUACAAGAAAGAUGAAUGUUCAAUCAAUGAAUCCUGAAUUGAUUCAUACAUUAUCACAUGAUGCACAAUCACAGGCAGAAGGCACAUCACCAUAUAGAAAUUUAUUUUUAGAGAUUCAAAAUUUAGUUUACAAAUAUAAUAAAGAGGCAGCAAUGAACCCUGACCAAACUAGAGUAUUACGUUUAUGCAUUCAAUCAUUCUCUUCACCACUUUGGUCCAACGAUGAAGAGGGAGUCAUAGAGUUUUUACAUGCAUUAAAGGGUUUGUUACGUUCAUCAGUUGCAACUUGCGUUAUAUCAGUUCCAACCUAUAUCUAUAGUGGUGCCUUUGUUAAAAAGAUCGCUCAUUUAUGCGAUACCGUGGUCUCAAUUAACUCUUUUAGUGGUUUAGGUGGUGAAACACCUGAACAAUUCGCAGAGUAUCUUGGUCUUUUCAAUAUCCGUAAGAUUGCCCGUUUAAAUACUUUAUCAUUAUCAUUUCAUCCCGAUAUGUUAACUUUUGUAUUCAAAAUGAAAAGAAGAAAGAUGUGUAUCGAAACAAUUCAUUUACCACCCGAAUCUUCACGUGCUGGUGAUUCAAAACCUGAUAAUAAUGACUCAAAUAAAAAUAAAUCCGAUCAAAAUAAUAUUGUUUCAAAAAUGAAAUCUGGAAGUGGUUUAUUAUGUGGUGGAGGUGGUGGUGGUUCUAGUAAUAACAAUCCUUUAGAUUUUUAA